GCAUAGUCAAAAUAUGUGGUCUACACAAAUCAAACUGAUUCAGAGAUAUAUAAUACUUAAACAAAUACAUGGAACCUGACAGGGAAUGAAGUGAGAUGGCUACAAAAAAUGCGGUGAAUUUGAUAACUGAGCUGGAACGUCGAUAUUUAGAGUGUAACAUAUGCACAGAGUUGUUUGACGAAGAUGAGCGUAUACCAAGGUUGCUUCCUUGUCAUCAUUCAUUUUGUUCAGAAUGCUUAAAAAGACUCGGUCGCCGAAAAGAUCAAAUUAAAUGUCCAACUUGUAACGCUGUGCAUAAAGUGAAGAAAAAUGGGCCUAUGGAUUUUCCAAAGGAUAACACAAGACGGGAUUUGACGUCAUUUUUGCAGGUUCAUUCCGAUCUAAAUGCUUUCAAAAAAUGCUGCCUAUGUGGAAAUACCGCGGAUGUUACCUAUAAAUGUCAGCAGUGCAUUUUAAAUCUAUGUGAGAUUUGUCGCUGUCAGCACGAAAAAGAAAAUAAAACGCACAACUCAGUUGUUAACAAAUCUGAGAUAUUACAAGAGGAAGAUCUUGAUGUUUGUCAGAAUCCUCAACAUGAAAGGGCAAGACUCAAACAUUUCUGCAAUUCUUCGAAUUGUCAAAGUGUUCUUUGUCCAUCUUGUGCGCUGGAUGAACACAGAGAUAUCAAUGAACAUGAUCUUGAAGACAUUGCAGAUGCUUUCAAAAAGAGAAAAAGAGAAUUAGGAGAUGACGUGAAGUCUCUUCGAAUACGAAUGUCAGGUGUCGAAUUGCUAGUGGAAAAAGUUCUCAACAAUACUCAUACACGAAAAAAUAAGAAGAAUGAUUUUUGCAGAAACGUAGAUGAUAUGUAUAAUAGAGGAAUUAAUGUUUUACAAAACAGAAAACAAAGACUUCUUGAUGAAUAUAACUUUGCAUUCCAGAGGGAAGACUCGAAAUCAGUUAUAAGAAAAGCUAACUUAGACACUUUUCUACAAAAUGCAAAUGAAUGUUGUAGCCUCUCAGAACAAUUGAUAAACCGGAAUAGCAUGAGCUCCUUCUUGAAUGUUUACCAAACAAUAAAUGUCCAUGUGAAACGAUACUUACAUACCCCAGUUGAAGAUUCAACUGGCGACGAAAUAAAAAUCGAGAAAAAGAUGAAUUUUGAGAAUAAUCUGGAAUUAUUCAAGAGAAAUGUUGAAAAUCUAGAAAAAUUUGAGGCAGACGACGAAGAUAUGCAAACGUUGAUCAACCAGGACCAAGGUAGAUUACUUUUAAAACUUUAUAAUUCUUAUAUGAUUUACAUAUCUAUGGAUACUUGA